UAACGUGGGGAGAAGAUGGAGGCCGGUACCUGGAGGAGAAGAUGUGUGGGGACCCCCGAUCGUCGCUGGAGACAGGCACAGGUUCCUAUAAGGUGUCAGGAUGUGGCGGUCUAUUUCUCCAUGGAGGAGUGGGAGUAUGUAGAAGGACACAAGGAUCAGUACAAGGAUCAGGUGAUGAUGGAGGAUCAGCAGCCCCUCACAUCAGCAGUCAGAUCCAGUAAGAGAACAGCAGCAGAGAGGUGUCCCCGUCCUCUUCUUCCUCAGGAUCAGGUAGAAGAUCUGAACAAUAUUAAUGCUCCAGAGACAGAUGUGAGGAGUGAUGAGCAGUUUAAGGAGGACAUUCCUACAAUGAAAGAUCCAAACUAUAUUAAUGAUACAGAUAUAAAUGAAGAAGAAGAGAUAGAUGUGAGCGGUGAUGAGCAGUAUAAGGAAGACAUUACUACAGGGAAAGAUCUGAUUUAUAUUCAUGCUACAGACAUAAAAGAAGAAGAAGAAACAGACGUGAGCGGUAAUGAGCAGUAUAAGGAGGACAUUUUUACAUUGAAGAAUUUGAACAAUAUUAAUGUUAUAAAAAUAAAGGAAGAAGAAGAAGAGACAGAUGUGAGCAGUGAUAAACAGUAUGAAGAGGAAAUUUCUCCAGGAAAAGAUCUGAGCUAUAUUAAUGCUACAGUCAUAAAGGAAGAAGAAGAAGAAGAAGAGACAGAUGUGAGCAGUGAUAAACAGCAUAAAGAGGACUUUCCUACGGGGAAAUAUCUGAUCUGUAUUAAUGCUACAGACAUAAAAGAAGAAGAGACAGAUGUGAACGGUGAUGGCAAGUAUAAAGAGGACUUUCUUACAGGGAAAGAUCUGAUCUAUAUUAAUGCUACAGACCUAAAAGAAGAAGAAGAAACAGAUGUGAGCAGUGAUGAGCAGUAUAAGGAGAACAUUCCUACAGGGAAAAAUCAGAACUAUAUUAAUGCUACAGACAUAAAAGAAGAAGAGGAGACAGAAGUGAGCGGUGAUGAGCAGUAUAAGGAGGACAUUCCUACAGAUGACUGUUCCAGGAGAUCAGAGGGAGAUCUGAUAUCUUCAUGUGUAAAAACAGAGGAUGGUAUCACACAAGUUACAUAUGAAGAUUAUUACUUCGUCCCAGAUCCACCCUCAGACCUUCACAGCCAAGAUCUGUCAUCUGAUCCUUUUACAAAACAAAAUAAAAUCCCCACAAGGUUUGUUGGGCAUCAAAAGACUAAUACAGGCGAGAAGUCAUUUUCCUGUUCAGAAUGUGGGAAAUGUUUUACUCAAAAAUUAACACUUUUUAGACAUAAAAGAACUCAUACAGGACGGAAGCCAUUUCCUUGCCCAGAAUGUGGAAAAUGUUUUUCUCGAAAAACGCAGCUUUUUCAACACCACAAAAUUCACACAGGUGAGAAGCCAUUUUCAUGUUCAGAAUGUGGGAAAUGUUUUACUCAGAAAUCAAAACUUAUUAGACAUCAAAGAAGUCACACAGGGGAGAAGCCAUUUUCUUGCCCAGAAUGUAAAAAAUGUUUCACUCGGAAAUCCUCUCUUGUUGACCAUCAAAGAAUUCACACAGGAGAGAAGCCAUUUCCAUGCCUUGAAUGUGGAAAGUGUUUUAUUACAAAAUCAGUUCUUGUUGCCCAUCAAAGGAGUCACACAGGAGAGAAGCCAUUUUUAUGCCCAGAAUGUGGGAAAUGUUUUACUCUUAAAUCACAUCUUCGUGCCCAUCAAAGAAGUCACACAGGAGAGAAGCCAUUUCCAUGCCCAGAAUGUGGGAAAUGUUUUACUCAUAAAUCACAUCUUAGUGCCCAUCAAAGAAGUCAUACAGGAGAGAAGCCAUUUUCAUGCCCAGAAUGUGGGAAAUGUUAUUCUCAAAAAUCACAUCUUCGUGCCCAUCAAAUUAAUCAUACAGGAGAGAAGCAAUUUCCAUGCCCAGAAUGUGGGAAAUGUUUUUCUUAUAGAACAGGUCUUGUAAAGCAUCAAAAAACUCACACACAGGAGAAGCCAUUUUCAUGCUCAGACUGUGGGAAAUGUUUCACUUCUCAAUUAAAACUGUUUCAACAUAAUAAAGCUCACACAGUAAAGAAACCAUUUCCAUGCCCAGAAUGUGGCAAAUAUUUUACAAAAAAAGCUAAUCUUGUUCAACACCUAAGAAUUCACACAGGAGAGAAGCCAUUUUCAUGUCCAGAAUGUGGGAAGUGUUUUACUUACAAAUCAAAUCUUGUUGAACAUCAAAGAAGUCACACUGGAGAGAAGCCAUUUUUGUGUCCGGAAUGUGGGAAAUGUUUUAUUUCUCGCUAUACUCUGCUUAAACAUAAAAAAACUCACACCGGAGAGAAGCCAUUUUCAUGUCCAGAAUGUGGGAAAUGUUUUAUGUAUCAAUCAAUUUUGCUUAAACAUAAAAAAAUUCACACAGGGGAGAGACCAUUUUCAUGCCCAGAAUGUGGAAAGUGUUUUAUUGACAAAUCACAUCUUGUUGAACAUCAAAGAACUCACACAAGAGAAACGCCAUUUCCAUGCUCAGAAUGUGGGAAAUGUUUUUCUUCUAAAAUAAGUCUUAAUAGACAUAAAAAAACUCACACAGGAGAGAUGCCAUUUUAAUGUGCAUAUGUGUGAAGUCUUUUAGGACAAUGUCAUGUCUAAUUACACAUCAAAGAACUCACACAGGAAAAACAUAACAUGUGGUUCUUAACCCCUUCACGCUCAUUGAUGUAUUAUUAUGUCCUGGGAGCAUGAAGGGUGUGUGGAGAAGGUUCUAAAUUGGAGCUGGUUAUUUAAUUUUUCCAAUUUUGCAAACAAAAAAACAUAAACAUGUUUCAUAUGGCCGCAUGCAGAAAUUAGAGAUGAGCGAACUUACAGUAAAUUCGAUUCGUCACAAACUUCUCGGCU